AUGAAAACUUGGACGCUUAUGAUGAGGUUGGAAAUCGUCAAAGAUACGGGCACGACUCGUUCCGUGGCGGCUGAAAAGGCCGGCAUUCCUCUUAUCUACUCCCAAAGGUUUUCUCAUGUUGUGUCCGAGGAUGACAAAAGCAUCAUAUUUGCAUUCGCGGAUGGAAGUCAGCAAAUGGCUGAUAUUCUCAUUGGUGCCGAUGGAAUCCACAGCAGCGUCAGACACUACCUAUGGCCAGAUGUCCAGCCCACCUGGUCAAACAUGGUCGCAAUUUCUUGUGUAGCGCCGGCUACAGCUGUCCAAGUUCCUUUCGAUUCAUAUAGGACGACGAUGAGUGUUUCGAUUCAUGGGCCAGCAGGCGCAGUGCAUAUUGCCCCAAAAGAUCACGAUGGAAGUGAGCUUUUUGUGGCCAUCAACUGGCCGACCCAUGAGCGAACCAGGGAAGGCUGGGAUGAUCGCGACAUCAUGAUUUCCAAAGACUUGUCGAAUGCAAUUGUGCAGUCCGCCAUUAAUGCUGCACCAUUGGAGACAUUCUUCAUCUGGCCUUUCUACACGGUUCCAAAGCUCGAUCGGUGGUGCUCUGAACAGGGAAAGGUCAUCAUUCUCGGUGACGCAGCACAUGCCAUUCCGCCGACUGGUGGCCAGGGAUUGAACCAAGGCCUCGAAGAUGUACUUUCGCUCUCGCUAAUUUUGAAAGCCAUUCGGGACAAAACUUUGGAUUUGAAAAGCAACCUUAGCUGGUGGCAAUACAUGCGUCAGCGCAGAGUCAAUCGCGUGAUUGGCUUGGCAGGAGAGAUCAGUGCUCGACGGCGGCCUGGCUGGACAGGGGAAAAAUCGGAGAAAAUUGAUGCCUCCUGGUUGUUUGUAGUAGAUAAUUUUCAGAUCGUAGGAGAUUGGAUAGAGAGGCAGGAGGACAUUAUCGGAAAGAGGGCUUCAAAUCAGAGAUAA